AAAAGGGUCAACAUCUAAAAGCUGAACUAAUAUUUACAAAGACUGUAACAUUGGAUAUUUUCGUGAUAGAAUAAAAAAAAAUGAACACGUUGUCUAUUUUCGUAGUGUUUCUGCUUUCUUGUUGUGUCGAUUUGGUUUACAGUGCAGCAGGUUGUGUAUCCUGUCCUAAAGGUUCAAAUCCUAUAGACUGUGUAGAUAAAUAUGAACCACCAUUUAUUUUGAAUGAGAACGUAUGUCAAAGCAUUAGAAAUCAACGAGGAGAAGUAUCAAGAUUAUGUAAAAAAUAUGGUGGAAAUUAUUUAGUGAAAUGUGAAUUAGAAGACUACUCUGAACGAGCUUGUGUUUCUACAUGUUUACAAACCAGUCCAAGAAAAGGUGUGGUUGAUUCAAGAAAUAAUGGACAAACCUUACAAUCGCCAGCGAUGACACUCUUUGCCUUAACAACGCUUUGCUUUUUCUUUCUUAAAUUCUAAGGGACAUGGACUAUUUUAAGCGCAUCAUAUCUUACAUAAGUUGUCAAGGGUUAAAUUAUCGAAGAUCCUUCCGGUCCCUUUAAAUCCUCUGUUUGUGUUUUCGAAAGAUUUUCGUAAGGGUCUAAAUAAAUUGGCGUCAUAAACUUAUUGUUUGUAAGAAGAGUUACUGUCCUUGCCUAUGAUGCUAUCCGUUUAGUGCUUUUAGACAUGUUAUCCAAAGAACUUUAAAUAGUUCAAUAAAUAUUCAAUAGUUCUCUUAUUUGAAGAAUAUCAGGUAUGUUAGGCUAGGAACUGUUCUCUGAUAAUUCAAUAAUGUAUUUUCAUGUAAAUAACCAAAUUGUAAAAUCUGGCUGAACGUGUUCAAAUACGAACCCCAUGGUAUUUGUAAUAACCAGGAACUGUGAUGGAAUAAUAUGUUGUGUUCAUUUAUUAUGUGCCUUUCCUUAACCAAAUAACUUUUUAUACUUUUAAAAUUUGUUAUAGUUAUUUUUUGUUAAAAUUUGAAAUCCAAUGAAUUUGAAUAUUUCUAUAGUGUUUGUUAUUAAGUCCACGGAUGGUAGAUAUUUGUUGAGUGAAGACAGGAAUAUAAUUGUUCAAUAAACAUGGUUUGGAAUAUAUUUCGACCAACCGAAAUUAGAAUUGAAAUUUUUAAGUAGAAAUUAACCAAACCUUCACCUUAAGGUGUAUUGAGCACGAGUUAGUCAUUAUAUUUAUCCAUGAGAGGAACUGAGUAUGACACGAAUGACGAAAUUCCACUAUAUUGAUACUAGAUUUUUCACAAUAUUUUUUUUCUUACAAUCACAUUGUAAAACUCUCAAUAGAAGUCAAGUCGAAUUAUUUUGUAUAUCAGUUUGCAUUUCAUCAUUAUAUAUAAUAUUUUGCAUUUCAUCAUUGUAUAUCAUUUUACAUUUCAUAAAUUGUGUGCCAAAAUAUCAUGUUCCCUUCAUAGUUUUUGUAUAGUCAAGAAAAUAUAUUAUACAUACAUUUAUAUUCAUUUAUACGAGUAUUCAUUUUGACGAGGAAUAAUAUAUUAAAUGUAAUGUUUUCUACUUAAGUAUUUCAAAUUAUAUUUACUGGUUUUCUCUUUCAUGUAUAUUAUUCUCUCUAUUUGAAUAGAUUUAAACUUUAAUACGAUUUAAUGUAAUUACAUAAAUUCAAACUUUAAUACGAUAUCAUGCAUUUAUAGGAAUACAUUUACAGAAAUAUAAUGUAUUUACAGAAACAAUUAACAAUUUAAGGCAUUUACAAAUAUGUAAUACAUUUACAAACAUGUAAUGCAUUUACAAAUAUUAAAUACAUUUACUAGUAUUUAAGGCAAUUACAAUAAUGUAUUUACAAAUAUUUAGUGCAUUUUAGAAAUUUUUCUUAAUUUAACACAGAAAUUUCAUUUUAGAUUUAUUUAGAAUAUUAAAUUUUCUAUUAUUCUAUUUUCUUCGAAAUUAUACUCAUUUUUAUUUUACCUAAUUUCCUUCAAAAGUAUCUUGAACGCCAUCAAAAAUCUUUUCGUUGAAAAUAGAAUCAAAGAAUUAUAAGUAAGAUGUGUUUUCCACUUUGUCCCAUAAUAACUUCAUAUAAGAAUAUUAGAUUUAUAGAUUGAAAAUAAAUUUAUUUUUUUACACUA